AUGCUGAGUCUACGGCUACUAAAUCCCGUAGAGAUUGUCAAGGAGCAACCUGAAAACCCUUUUGCCAAACUCGUCUCCGACCAACAGAUCGCCAUCGUUCCAUCCUUCACCCUCGAAUCCGGAGCCGUCCUCACGAACGCACCGGUCGCCUUCACCACUCGAGGUCAGCUCUCAGAAAACAGAGAUAAUGCCCUGGUCAUAUGCCAUGCCUUGAGUGGCAGCGCAGAUGUUGCAGACUGGUGGGGCCCUUUGCUGGGAGGACCAGGCCGGGCCUUUGAUGUCACAAGGUUCUUUAUUGUCUGCUUGAACAGUCUCGGGAGUCCAUACGGGAGUGCUAGUCCUGUCACGUACAAAGAUGGCGACCCUGCGCUUGGAAGAUACGGCCCAGAGUUCCCGCUGACAACGAUAAGAGACGAUGUGAAUAUUCACAAGAUCGUGCUAGACCAUCUCGGUGUACGGCAGAUUGCAUGUGUGGUGGGCGGUUCUAUGGGAGGCAUGCUGGCCCUCGAAUAUGCUUAUUUCGGCAAAGACUAUGUGCGGUGCAUUGCACCCAUAGCCACUUCGGCAUGCCACAGUGCUUGGGGAAUCAGCUGGGGCGAGGCGCAACGUCAGUCCAUCUAUUCGGAUCCUAAGUAUGAGGACGGAUACUAUUCAUUCGAUGACCCUCCCACUGCAGGGUUAGGUGCGGCUCGCAUGUCUGCCCUUCUCACUUACCGGAGUCGAGACUCUUUCGAGGCUCGAUUUGGUCGGAACACUCCUGAUCUAUCGAAGCAGCCGUCAAUUAAUCAGGGAAAUAACAGUCCUCCCCUGCCUCACAACGAGCAUUGGACCAUCCACAACGACGGUAACAAGCGAGCCAAAGGACCCCGUGACUCGCGCCCUCCCUCUCGCAACGGAUCUCUAGCUGGAUCACAGUCACAAUCGGAUUUGACUACACUGCAACAGGCACCGCUGACCUUCAAUGACCCCCAAUUUAACGGUACGACGCAGUUCGCCGUCCCGGAGCCUGUGGCCAAGCAAGCAAAAUCCCACCCGACAGACCAUUUCUUCUCGGCGCAAUCAUAUCUUCGGUACCAGGGCAACAAGUUCGUGAAACGGUUUGACGCCAACUGCUAUAUCGCGAUCACGCGCAAACUCGACACGCAUGACGUAUCUCGGAACCGCGCACCGGGCGUGAAGGAAGCUCUGGCACAAAUCACGCAGCCAGCUGUGGUUCUGGGGAUUGGAUCCGACGGUCUAUUUACGUUCGCUGAACAGGAGGUACUUGCCAAGUAUAUUCCUAAUGCGACCUUGGGCAAGAUCGAGAGCCCUGAAGGACAUGACGCAUUUUUACUACAGUUUGAGCAAGUGAACAGCUAUCUGCUUUCUUUCUUCCGUGAGUUCCUCCCGGACAUCAUGCACAGGCCAGGCAAUGGCAGUGGACAGAACGGCGAAGUUGAAGAUGGGGUGGGCAAGAUGACCAAGAGCAGCACGUUCGGGGAGGCAGAGGUUGAGGAUCUCACCGCUUGGUAA